AUGGAGUUCUUUUUUGGACAGCAUGUUCCCCGUCAUGUGGCCGUAAAGCAAGUUAAUCUCCAGCACCAGGGCUGCGAGGAUGUGUUGAAGGAAAUCUUGGUCAUGAAGGAAUAUAAGAACCCCAAUAUUGUCACCUACCUAGAAAGCUACCUUGUCAAUGAGGAUGUCCUGGUGGUGUUGGACCCUGAGCAGAGUAAACGGAGGUCAAUGGUCGGGACCACUUGCUGGAUGGCACCCGAGGUGGUGAGAAGAGAGCCAUACGGCCCCAAAGUGGACAUCUGGUCCCUUGGCAUCGUGGGAAUAGAAAUGGCCAAAGGAGAGGCUCCUUAUAUUCGGGAAACCAGUGAGAGGGCUAACUACCUGAUAGGCAAGCAAGGCGUACCAGACCUGCACAAGCUCAGGCUGCCCUCUGGCUUGUGUGAAUUUCUGGGCUGCUGCCUGCAGAUGGAUGUGGACAGGCGAGGCUCUGCCAAGGAACUUCUGCAGCAUGAUGCUGCUUUGGACAAUGCUGGUUACUAUCUGGACUAG